AACCAGAACUCAAAAAUGCCAAGCAUGGAAUUGCAACCAUCUCUGGACCGAGAAACCGGGAUGUCACGUUCCAGGGGCAAACGUGGUGGCUGGAUCACCUUCCCCUUUAUUGCAGCAACCCUGACGGGAUUGAUGCUGGCUGGUUGGGGAUGGCUGACAAACUUGAUUGUGUAUCUGAUUAAGGAGUUCAAUGUGAAGAGUAUUGAUGCUACUCAGAUUACAAAUAUUGUCAGUGGUGGCAUCAAUCUGCUUCCCAUCAUUUCAGCAAUUCUUACUGACUCUUUCUUAGGAUCAUUCUAUGUGGUUGCAAUUUCUUCCUGUUUCUCUUUGCUAGGAGUGGUUCUCCUGACCUUAACAGCAUCAAAUAGCUCCUUGAGGCCUCCACCAUGUGAGACUGCAUCAAGCUUAUGCCAAGCUCCAUCAAGGGUUCAGUUCUCAGUUCUAUAUGCAGCUAUAGCUUUAGCUUCGAUAGGCCUUGGAGCAAUGAAAUUUACUCUAGCAACAAUGGGGGCAAAUCAAUUUGAUACACCUCAGUAUCAAGGUUUCUUUUUCAACUGGUUCUUCUUUAUCCUUUAUGGAGCAUGUGUAGUAAGUACUAUAGGCAUUGUCUAUGUUGAAGAUAGUAUCAGCUGGGUAUUGGGGUUUGGUCUAUGUUCUGCUGCUGGUUUUGUUGGUUUAGCCAUUUUCUUGCUUGGCACCCGAUUCUAUCGACAUGACAAGCCUCAAGGAAGCCCAUACACUGGUUUAGCUCACGUUCUUGUUUCUGCUAUAAGGAAGAGGAAUAUUCCACUAUCAUCCAAAACUGAGGAUUAUUGCCAUGGAAUAGAUGGAACAAACAUGAUUUUGGCUGCAACUCCUUCUCAGAGCUUAAGGUUUUUGAACCGGGCAAGCCUAAAAACUGAAGGGGGCAUUCAAUCAAAUGGAUCCAUUACAAAGCCAUUGAGGCUAUCUGGGACAGUAGUUGUUGUGGUGUUAAUCUCCACCUGCAUCUCCCUUCUCAUCUUUGAUCGUUUCCUUCUCCCGACCUGGCAGAAGUUCACCAAUCGGGUGCUGACACCUCUCCAAUGGACUGGCCUAGGCCAUGUUUUUAAUGUGCUAAGCAUGGCCAUAUCAGCCUUGAUGGAGUCCAGAAGGCUGAAAAUAGCCCAUGCCAAGCACCUUCAACAGCAGCCCGGAGCUAUAGUCCCUAUGUCAGUCCUGUGGCUGUUUACUCAACUUGUUAUAGUUGGUAUUGGAGAAACAUUCCAUUUUCCGGGGCAAGUGGAUUUGUACUAUCAAGAAUAUCCAGUAGCACUCCGAAGCACACCAGCUGCCAUGAUAUCAGUAGUAAUUGGUACAGCGUACUAUGUGAGCACUGCUUUGGUGGGCCUGAUCAGGAAUGUUACAGGUUGGUUACCAGAUAAUAUCAAUGAGGGGAGGCUGGAUAAUCUAUAUUGGACCCUAGUUGUGUUGGGGUCACUAAACUUCAGCUUUUAUUUGCUCUGCUCUAGCUUAUACAGAUACAGAAAUGUUGAAAACAAAGUUGAUAAUUCUGUAAGGGGUGCCACUGGAGAAACAGAAACAGGGCAAGAAGCUUGAAUUUUACCUAGAGAAAUAAAAGUAAAAUGAAAAG